AUGCCGGAAGAUUCAAAAGCGAAAGGAUUUCUUGACCUAUCGUCCAAACUGUCCGCCCCGGCGAAAAAAUCCCUUUUCGAGCGCCAGAAAGCCGAAGCCGAAGCCAAACGCGCCAGGGAGAAAGCAGAGACUGAGGCAGUCUACGAGGAUUUUGUGAAAUCAUUUCAAAAUGAUGCUGAUACACCUACGGGUCCUGGUGUCAGCGGCAGGGUGGGUUCAUAUGGCCGCGGAGGCGCUGUACAUUCGGGGGCGCCUGUUGCCCCUUCAAAGAGGCAUUUCACGUCGAGCACGAUGAGAUCUGCACCCGACAACCAAGGAGCUCCACACUCUUUUGGUUCAAGAAAACGACCGUUUGAGGCGAUGCACUCAUCUCAUAAGGAGAGAGACUUAGGGCACGGUCCGUUCGGCUUCGAGAACUCCCCCCCCGCUCACGCGGACGCCGCAGCUGCAUUUCAGGUUUCCGAUGAUGAGGAUAAACUUGCGGACAAGAAAGAAGCGGAAAGGGCCGCAGCUAAGCCCACCCUUCAUCUGUCAUCGCUGCCACCAGGAACAUCUCCAGCAGUAAUCAAGGCCCUUGUUUCCCAUGCGCUCGUUGUGGACAAUGUUAAAAUUUUACCAGCAACUCCGCAAGGAGCUGGAACCGGAGAACGACGGGUAUGGUCUGCGAUUGUCACCCUCGCAAAAGAGACAGCUGCAACUGAGAUGGAUACUGUUGUCAGCUCUUUACAGAACAAGUAUCUUGGAUGGGGCUACUAUCUCUCGAUCUCACGACAUCUCUCUUCGGCUGCCAUUAAUUCCACCAUGCCAAUUACGACUAUAUCAAAUACCUCCACUUCCAAGCCAUUCGGAGCACGACCAAUAACACAGGGCUCAGGAGGUAAUUACGGUCGUGGUCCGCCUGGUGGUCAUCGAGGAGGCUUUGCGCCUCCAUCAUCUUACGGACCAGGCUACGGUGGUAGGGGUGGAUCUACCUUUCAAGUUGAGGUCAAACCUCCAUCAGAUCUGAAGCAACUCAAACUUAUUCAUAAGACCUUGGAGAAUCUCUUAACAUACGGCCCCGAGUUUGAGGCACUUCUCAUGAGUCGACCCGAAGUCCAGAAAAACGAAAAGUGGGCUUGGAUAUGGGAUUCGAGGAGCCCGGGAGGUGUAUGGUACAGGUGGAAGUUAUGGGAUAUCUUGACGGGCGCACGAAAAACUAGGGGAAGACACCCACCUUCCCCCACGUCUGUUUUCGAAAGCGGGCCUGUUUGGUUGCCCCCCGAAAACCAUUUACAAUUUGAAUAUGUUACGAAAAUAGAGGAGUUCAUAUCUGAUGAAGACUACGAUUCUUCAGAGGAGGAUGACUCUGACAGAGAAGAUGAAAAGCGUCUCGACUCUGGAGCCCAAGAACGCAAUAGCGAUGGGAUAGGCCACUUGAACCCUCUUCAAAAAGCAAAACUCGCACAUUUGCUUGCAAAACUCCCUACUACCAAUUCGAAGUUGCGAAGAGGUGAUGUCGCUCGGAUAACUUCCUUUGCAAUCAGGCAUGCUGGAUGCGGUGCAGAUGAAGUGGUGGAGAUGAUCGUUGCUAAUAUUACCAAUCCGCUGGCUUUUACUAAUGCAAACCCAGAACGCCAACGACGGGAGACAGAACUUCGAGGUGGCAAACCUGACGAUGGUGACGAGGUUAACCCUGCUGAGCAUGACAGCCAAACGGCCCAGUCUUUAACGAAGAAAUCGUCCAAAGAGACCCUGGAUACUUCGGCUUCUAAGCUGGUAGGUUUAUACCUGAUCUCCGAUAUCCUAUCAUCAUCGUCUACAAGUGGAGUCCGGCAUGCCUGGAGAUACCGACAACUAUUCGAAUCGUCCCUAAAAACACAUAAAAUUUUCGAACAUCUUGGCCGCCUGGAAAAAGAGCUCGGGUGGGGCAGACUGAAGAUUGAAAAAUGGAGGAGAAGUAUUACCAGUCUUUUAAGUCUAUGGGAAGGCUGGUGUGUUUUCCCUCAGUCAAGCCAAGAGCACUUUGUUCAGGUAUUUGAAAAGCCGCCCCUUACAGAGAAAGAAAAAUCAGAGGAACAGAAGCGUGUUGAAGCAGAGAAAACGUCAGGUGUGUUUGGCAGCAAAGGAAAGAGUAGAUGGAGAACGGUCGAAGAUGAUGCCAAUGAAGUUGCUGUGGAUACGCACAACACGGAGGAUGUUCUGGAGGGUGAGAAAAUGGAUAUUGAUGACGGAGAUGAUGGUGUUCCCAUGCUAGAUGAUGAGGACAUUGAUGGUGAGCCUAUGGAUGAUGACAUCGAUGGCGUUCCGAUGGAGGACAGCGAUAUGGAGGACGUGGAAACUAAGCAGGCCGAAGGGAAUGGCAUGGACGAGAGCGAACGCCAAGGUGCCCGAGGUGUAUCUUCCCACGGAUCAGGCGAUCAAACUGCGAGCGAUGCAUGCCAUACUAAGGAGGCUGAACAUGACGCCCAACCGGUCCCAAGGCGUCGCCGGCCCAAAGCAGAGGAUAUGUUUGCGGAUUCUGAUUCCGACUAA